GAGGGCCGGUCUGCCACUCCCGCAGCGGCGGUAGUGACGACAGCCGUGCUCAGCCCCGGUCUGCACUGGCAUCACCCGACACGGGCUGGUUUCCUUACCCUGCGCGAGGUCUUCGCUCCGCUGCCAGGCUUUAAUGUCCGUCUGGAUGAUGGUCAGUGGCAUAACGUGCGGCUGGAGCGGAAUGCCAAGGCUGUGAGUUUUCAAUUAUGCAUUACCACGCGUUGA